UCCUCAUCUAGCUUCCUUUCGGAUAUUUCCUCAUCUAGCUUCCUUUCCUUCACCCCGCCUCUCUCUCUCUCUCUCUCUCUCUCUCUCUCUCUCUCUCUUUUGUUGUAGCAAUGGCUCAACACCAUUGGCGCAAACCCGACAAAUUCAAUUCUAUGUACCCACCAUCUUCCUCUCCUCAGAACACAACGGUCCCGACUGCUAUAACCAGGUAUGGUUCAGCCCCAGGUUCGUUUUUAACCAGGGCUGUCGAUUCCGUCAUUGGGUCUGACCGUGAAUUCUCUGCCUUGGGUUCUUCUUCGCCUUCGUUAGUGAGUCAUCAGUACUUCUCUGGUGACUCGUCCUCGCUCACCUCAGAGUCAACUUGCAAAGUCAACUCAUCCAGCGAUCCAAGGCCGCCGCCUAAGAGCAGCGCCAGUGGUGGGUUGCAGAGAUCGUAUGGGUUCAAUGAGAUUAGUAGUUCUUUGGUCAGGCAGAAAAGCUCGCCCGCUGGUUUUCAGUCCCAUCUUUCUGCCGAAACUGGUUUUUCAAUUACACCAGGAAGUGGAGGGCAUAACUCUCACAAUGGCUCAACUGGUGACCACACGGUGUCAAGGUUGAAGUCUCAGUUGAGCUUUACCGGACAAGAUUCUCUUUCUCAGAUAUCUGAAGUUAGUGAGAAUGUUGCUGAAGGCGUCAACUCCAACAAUGGCCACCAGAGUUCUUCUCAUUCUUAUUCUGCUGCUAGCUUUGGGAUAGGAUCCUGGGACAAUACCAAUUCCAUUGUAUUUUCUGGUCCACCAAGCAAACUAGCAAAGAACAUUGAUGGAGACAUUUUUAACUGUCUCAAUGGCUUAGAAACUCAGUUUAGCUUGCCGCAAACUAGUCUUGAGAUGGCAACAGUGGAGAAGCUAUUAAAUAUUCCUGAAGAUUCUGUGCCAUGCAAAAUCCGUGCCAAGCGUGGCUGUGCCACUCACCCACGAAGCAUUGCUGAAAGGGAGAGAAGAACCAGAAUAAGUGGGAGGUUGAAGAAACUACAAGAGCUUGUUCCUAACAUGGAUAAGCAAACAAGCUAUGCAGACAUGUUGGAUUUGGCAGUGCAGCACAUCAAAGUCCUUCAAAAUGAAGUUAAGAAACUACACAAUGAAUUGGAAAACUGUACAUGCGGAUGCAGGCCAACCACGUGACAGUCAUUUUGGCUAACUGGGAUUUUCAUGAAACAAGUUUUUGAUCCAAGGAUUCUGAAGGCAAGGGGACUCUAGCCAAGGCUAGCUAAUUUUGUUAUUGCACCAAGUUUAACUUAAUAAUGCAAAGUAGAAGUUUAGAUACUCUAAAUUGUAUAUAAAGAAUUUACAUGGGUUAAUUUGUUGUAACUCCGAAAAAAAAAUGUGUGUAAAAUGAUUUUCAAUUUCCA